AAUCUCCCUCAAGUGGUGAAUAUCAGUUCUGAGGUUAGACUCCAUGGGGGAGUGUUGUAACAAGCCUGAAAUCCCUGUUCUUCUGAGUAGAAACGUUAUCAGUCCAUGAACAAGAAAAGCAGCGCUCACCAGCAUGAGGCACUGGCUUUCUUCUAAUUAGCUCAAGAGAAAGGGCAACGCGGGCUUUCCUAGUGAGCGCCUCUAGUCCUCUGAUAUUUGCGCAUCUUACCUGGGCCUUUCCAUACAAAUCUACAUCCUUAAGGAACAGUGUGAAAGAAACAAGAUCAAUAAUAAUAAAAAAUCCUUCCAGCUAUAAAUCAGCCACGUGGAGCUACUGCGGCGGAGACAGCCCCGACUUCCUGGUUCGCUUCCUGCGAGCCUCUCGGCUGGGCUCGGGCAGCAGAGCCGGGAGGGGACGUGGCCGGGAGCCGCUGGGGUCCGCGGCAGCUCGCAGGGCGCGGGCGUUAAGGCCAGAACAGUGGUCCACGAUUACCAUAAAAGUUUGGGAAUCCAGAGCGUUAAGGCGCCGAGCUGCAGGGCAAAGGCUCAAGUGUUAAGUUAGUUCCAAGCUCACGAGGAUCGUGGGGUUAGCGGAGACAGGGGACUGUGGAUCUGGAAGGGGCAGGGGGCGACAGGGCGCCCAGUGGGCCGGGGCUCGGCGGUGGCCGCCUGACUGGAGGGGGCGCAGGAGGAGCCCGGGAAGGCAGCGCGAGGGGAGUUCCGGGGCUGGAGCGGGAGAGGGAGGCAGCGGAGCGGUAGGGGUGGGGGAGGAGAGGAGGAGGGGAAGGAGGGAGGGGAGAGCCGUGGCGGCGGCUGCGCCGGGCUGUGUCUCUCGCCGCUGGAGGAAGAUGAGGCUGAAGAUUGGGUUCAUCUUACGCAGUUUGCUGGUGGUGGGAAGCUUCCUGGGGCUCGUGGUCCUCUGGUCUUCCCUCUCCGCACGGCCGGACGACCUGAGCCCGCUGGGCAGGAUAAGGGAAGACAGAGAUGUCAAUAACCCCAUGCCUAACCGAGGAGGCAAUGGACUAGCUCCUGGGGAUGACAGAUUCAAACCUGUGGUGCCAUGGCCUCAUGUGGAAGGAGUAGAAGUGGAUUUAGAGUCUAUUAGAAGAAAAAACAAGGCCAAAAAAGAACAGGAGCACCAUGCUGGAGGAGAUUCCCAAAAAGACAUAAUGCAGAGGCAGUAUCUCACAUUUAAGCCUCAGACAUUCACCUACCACGAUCCUGUGCUACGCCCCGGGAUCCUCGGUAACUUUGAACCCAAAGAACCUGAGCCUCAAGGAGUGGUUGGUGGCCCCGGAGAGAAAGCGAAGCCAUUGGUUUUGGGACCAGAAUUCAAACAUGCAGUUCAAGCCAGCAUUAAAGAAUUUGGAUUUAACAUGGUGGCAAGUGACAUGAUCUCACUGGACCGCAGCGUCAAUGACUUACGUCAGGAAGAAUGCAAGUAUUGGCAUUAUGAUGAAAACCUGCUCACUUCAAGUGUUGUCAUUGUCUUCCAUAAUGAAGGAUGGUCAACCCUCAUGAGAACAGUCCACAGUGUAAUCAAAAGAACUCCAAGGAAAUAUUUAGCAGAAAUUGUGUUAAUUGAUGAUUUCAGUAAUAAAGAACACUUAAAAGAAAAACUGGAUGAAUAUAUUAAGCUGUGGAAUGGCCUCGUGAAGGUAUUUCGAAACGAGAGAAGAGAAGGUUUAAUUCAAGCACGAAGUAUUGGUGCUCAAAAGGCUAAACUUGGACAGGUUUUGAUAUACCUUGAUGCCCACUGUGAAGUGGCAGUUAACUGGUAUGCACCACUUGUAGCUCCCAUAUCUAAAGACAGAACCAUUUGCACUGUGCCACUUAUAGAUGUCAUAAAUGGCAACACUUACGAAAUUGUACCCCAAGGGGGUGGUGAUGAAGAUGGGUAUGCCCGAGGAGCAUGGGAUUGGAGUAUGCUCUGGAAACGGGUGCCUCUGACCUCUCAAGAGAAGAAACUGAGAAAGACAAAAACUGAACCGUAUCGGUCCCCAGCUAUGGCUGGUGGAUUAUUUGCUAUUGAACGAGAGUUCUUCUUUGAACUGGGUCUCUAUGAUCCAGGUCUCCAGAUUUGGGGUGGUGAAAACUUUGAGAUUUCCUACAAGAUAUGGCAGUGUGGUGGGAAAUUACUGUUUGUUCCUUGUUCUCGUGUUGGACACAUAUACCGUCUUGAGGGCUGGCAAGGAAACCCUCCACCCUUGUAUGUUGGGUCUUCUCCAACUCUAAAGAAUUAUGUUAGAGUUGUGGAGGUUUGGUGGGAUGAAUAUAAAGACUAUUUCUACGCUAGCCGUCCCGAAUCGAAGGCAUUACUCUAUGGUGAUAUAUCUGAGCUGAAAAAAUUCCGAGAGGAUCAUAACUGUAAAAGUUUCAAGUGGUUCAUGGAAGAAAUAGCUUAUGAUAUCACCUUACACUACCCUCUGCCCCCAAAAAAUGUUGACUGGGGAGAAAUCAGAGGUUUUGAAACUGCCUACUGCAUUGACAGCAUGGGGAGAACGAAUGGAGGCAUUGUGGAACUGGGACCUUGCCACAGGAUGGGAGGAAAUCAACUUUUCCGAAUCAAUGAAGCAAAUCAGCUCAUGCAGUAUGACCAGUGUUUGACAAAAGGGCCUGAUGGAUCAAAAGUUAUGAUUACACACUGUAAUUUAAAUGAAUUUAAAGAAUGGCAGUACUUCAAGAACCUACACCGAUUUACCCACAUACCUUCAGGGAAGUGUUUAGAUCGCUCAGAGGUCCUGCAUCAGGUGUUCAUCUCCGAUUGCGACUCCAACAAAAUGACUCAAAAAUGGGAAAUGAAUAACAUCCACAGUGUUUAGGAGGAAACGAGUAAUCUACCUACUGACAAGUAAAUUUAUACAGGACUGAAAACCGCCUGAAACCUGCUGCAACAAUUAUUAUUAACUCUGUACAGCUCCCAGCCUGGAACCUCCUGAUCAGUUUGAAGGAUAUUGACAGACUGUGAUUUUACAAUAACAUUAUCAUAUGCAGUUACUGUUUACAAAACUGCUUUUACCUUAAACUUUGUAGAUGUUUACAUCUUUUUUGUUUUUGUUUCAAGAUGAUGUUGGUAAUUUGUGCCUUUAACUCUGCUUUGUUAAAAGAGUUAAAAGCACGUUGUCUUCUUUGGGAUUACACUCAGGGGUCUGAAAGGCAGUUUGAUUUUUUUUUUUUUUUUAAACACACUUGAAAAAGGUUUGGAGUAACCAGACUUUCUUAUAUAACUUGGUGAUUUUCAACCUGUUGUGUCUUUAUUUAAUUUUACAUCUUUUUGAAGCACUGCCACAGGUUAUUAGCCAAGGUGGCCUUCCUUCACAGUCAUGCUGCUUUUUUGAAAGGUGAAUUUCAACAACACAUUUAGUGCCUCUUUCAUUCUUGGUAUAUUUUUCAAGAGCUUUUGAUGAAAUUUAUAGGCUGAUAAUGCUGAAAUGAACUGUCACCUGUAUGGGAAGUGCUUAUACCACUCAGAAAUAGAUUUGUGUGCUGUCAUUUGGUAUGGAGUUGAAUGUUGUAUAGCUUGAACAAGAAGUGACGACAUGGGACAUCCCGAGGCUAUUCCAUGGGGUUUGAAGAUUGUGUGGCAUCAACUUCCUCACCUACUGGUGUUCUCAGUGCCAUCUGCCACGCCAGCUCAUAGGAUAGCAAGAGCCUUCCACUUAGAAGGGGAAAAAAAAACUUUGCACGUACAUUUGGGACUUACUUUUUCCCUAGUACCUAUCAGUAUAAAAAAAAAAAAAACACUAUAAAUAAUUCUUUGUAUUGAAAUUUCAAAGGGAGGCUAACAAACAACACACCACUAUAAACACAUCAAAGAUUUGUCCUAAGGUAAGAAUUUUCAAGCCCUUGUUAAAUUAAGCCUUAUAAAACUCCUGUGCAUUACAGCCUGCGCUGUGCAACCUAUGAAACGAAGAAUGAGUUGCUGUUUCAUUUAUUAUCUUCAUCCAAAUGCAUUUCCAUGCACAUUUCUUAAAAUUAAAAUGACUGUUUAAUCAUACAGCUCUUUAGCUAAUGUGAAUUAUUUUGUUAGAUUGGAUAUUAGUUCUCUAGUUUUUCUUAAUUUCUUUUUGGGAAACAUUCUUAUUAGUAUGAAAACAUUUGUUUGGAUUCAAGCAUUUAUUAAUUAGUACAGUUCCUAUUAUAGGAGAACCAAAUAUUGCAAAUGAUCAAUUUGAUUUUAAUUUCUAAAUGGUCUUUUAUUUGCCCAAAUAUUAAAAUCCCUAAGUUGAGUGCUUAAAAAAUAUUAUAUGGUAGGGAAUGGUAAGUAAGCAUUUUUAUCUUAUAAUCAUGGUGUCAUUACAGUGAAAGGAAUUCACAAACUACCGCCAGAGGAAAGUAUUUUUAAUUAGAGCUAAAAAAGAAAAGGAAAAAAACUUAAUUUGUUUAAAAGGAAAGCCUUCUUCCAAACUUAAUUCUUAAAUUUCGAGAGUAAAAGCUAAACAUCCUCAACAGAGUUUUAUUUGUAAUUUUGAAUUGUCAAUUUGUAUUUUGCUACUAAUAUGUGAUCAGCCAUUUUAAUGUUCACUCAUCUUUAGGGAUAUUUAAAAAGAAAUAACAUUUAUAUGCUUAUAUAAUUACAAAAUAAAUCAGCUAUAAAAAAGAACAGUUGGUACUUUAAUUACUUGUGUGUUUUGCAAAUAGGUAACCAUUUUCCAUGUUGAAUGGAUUAUAACUUUGUUAUCUAUGCAUAAGCCUAGAAAGGUGGCACAUGAACUGUGCAUGUAACUUUAUGGGUAGAUUAAAUGGGUUUUAUGUGUGUGCACAAUUUGUUAAAAGAUAAUAUUCUGUGAACAUGAUUCUAUAUAUUGAAAUCAGAAACUUUACCAAACAUGAAAAACAUCAGAAGCUGCUGCCAUAAUGACUAUUUUCUACUGUAGGCUGCUUUGGAAAUAUCCCCCAUAACCUCGCUUUGUAAGUUGAUAAUAUCACUAUGCAUUUCUACACAUUUUAUAAAUUUGAUUUAUGCAGAUUUUGAUACACUGUAUGUUUCUGUAGAAAUUGUAUAAAUAUUCAAAAUUUUAUUAGGGUAAAUUUGAGAAGCUUAUGUAUAUCUUAAUUCUGGGUUGCUUGUUUUUUUAGGUGAGAAAAAAAUAAAAUACUGUAUUUUAAUCCAUGGGUUUUUUUAAUAAUUGUAAACAUUUGCAAAUGUAACUGCGCAUUUUAAAGAUUUAUUUUUUUAUUUAUAAGAUCCACUAUGAAUAACUAAAAUAUUACAAAACCCAGAUAUUAGUUGAUGUGCUUGAGUGAUGGUUAGAGUUCUGCUGGGCUUAGGAAUUUACCUUGUCUGUAGGGAAGAGACAUAAAGGUUUCUUCUUACAGUAUUUCUGUUGCCUACGUAUAACGGUUCUUUAAAGCCACCUAUCUAUUUAUAAAAUAUAAUCUCAGCAAACAUAGAUCUUUCUGGCCAGUAUAUUCUAUAUGAUUGCCUAGUAAAAGUGAAAAAUAUCUUUAAAUCAAAAUUCUUUGCAACCCAACAGAUCGAGUAGAGCCAAGCAAAGAAAAGGGAAGCCUACCAAAUGAAAUUAGCAGCAGUCCAUAGGACCUGGCUUUACAAAACACACCAUCUCAAAGAAAGAUAUGGCUGCUCACAGAUUCAAGUAAGUGGCUGUGUUGACUUGGAAUCCUUUCAGCUGAGAUGUCCAUUGUGAUGUCUUUCCAUUCUUAGCUGUUGUAGUGGCAAGCUACCAAACCUGAAAAGUGACCAAUGACCAGGAUGGAAUGAGGACUCAUUUAUUACCUAAGAUGGUCACUCCAAGAUCUUAGAAUAUGUCAUUUUUAGACAAAAUGCAAUUAAAAAAAAUCCACAUGUAAUUUUAUGGAAAAUAUAACAGAGAUGUACCAGGACCAGACAAUCGUUAAGGGUAAUACCUUAACUAGUAGGACAAUAGAUAAGGUAUGUGAAACUCCAUGUGAAAGCACUUUCGAAAAAAAUUGAACACUAUGAAAGUUCAUUAGAAACAAUCUAUAUUAAGAAAAUGGACAAUAGCUCAGCAAUAUAAAGGUCUGCCUGGAAAGUGCGUGGUCCUGAGUUCAAUCCCCAGUACAAAACAAGAAAAAAAAUGGACAGAAGUUUGAAUGGUUUCUGGGGACUAUCUUUUCUAGAGUUGGGAGAUGAAAGGAAGGACUAUUUCUAAAUUAGAUUUGAAAAUUGCUUUGCAGUCCUCAUUUGUAAGAUUUUUGAAAUGCCCAUAAUUAAGGUGGAUAUAUUUCAGUUUUCUAAGUAAAUUGAACCUGGAGGGCCUAUAUCUGCACAGAGGUUCAGCAUGUCUUAAUUUUUAUAAUGCAAUGAUGUUAUGGUUUGCUUAUCCAAGCAGAAUAAUGUGGCAGAUUCCAAUUUCUUACUAUCUGCAUUCAAAUUCCUGUUUCCCUGCAAGGUCCUAUUGUAACCUUGUUUGAGUUAUUUAACCUCUAUACCAGUUUGCUUAAUAAUUAAAUAACAAUGCCUAUUUUAUAAUUAUUAUUAGGAGUAAAUGAGUUAACAUAUAUAAAGUGUUUACAUAAAGUUCCUGGCACACAGUCAAAUAUAAAUGUUAACUAUCAUUAUCUGGUUUCAAAGCCUUAAAAUCUGUAAUUAAUCAGAAGAGUGAAGUCCACAUUUCAAGCCUCUAUAAACACUGUUUGCAUGUGUGUCAUGUAUCAGUUAUCAUUAUUUCUAGGUUACAAGUGAAAGAAUGAAACUCAGAAGUUAAAGAAAUUAGAGGUGAAAUGAUUACUGAAAGAGAAACUUAUCUCUGCCUCAAGACAUUCACAAAAUAUGUAGAAUAUAGUUUUCAUUGUUUUAAUUCAGCUCUGUGUAGAACUCCAUGCCAGUGUAGAAUGUAAGUUUCAGUGAUCUAAUUCAACUCUUGGAUGGGAUUAUAUGCCAUCAUAAAGGAUGUCGAAGAUAGUGUACCCUCUAAAAUAUCUUUAUUUCACUUGGACUUGAAUGUGGGUAUAUAAGCUCCAAAGCAAAUCUAAAAUUGUGACAUAAAAUGUCUGGCUAUUACAGUAACUGGUAUUGGGGUUAUGCUGCUGUCCUAAAAAACAGGACAGAAUAGAUGGGGCAACUGUUUUCAGGAAUUAGGUAACAGGCACAGCAGACUGUACUACAAGAAGGGAUACACACAAGGUAAACUUUUAGGUUCAUCUUGUCUGUUUACUUAGGAAAACUUUCUUAACCAUGUUGUAACAAUUUAUGGCAAAAUAUUGAUACUGCUGAGCUGAAUAAGCACUGUUGAGAUGCUGGAAUUUCAGAGGCAGGCUUGUGGGGGUGAGCUCACUUCACUAUCAUGAGACCUACACAGGAUUUUUAUAGCACUGUCAUUUGCAAUAAAAAAAAAAAAAAAAACCAAGAACAAUCUAAAUGUCCACUAAUAAGAAUGUAUGAACUGUGGUACAAUCACACAAUGAAAUGUUAUACAGUGAUGAACACAAAUCAGUAGUUAUAAGCAAGUCUUAAUAAUACAGUUAAGUGAAAAAGGCAACUCCUAAAUAACUUUAUAAAUAUAAAACUACAUACUAUGUUGUAUAUGUAAACAAUAGAAGUAACUUUUGCACAUUUUACAAAUUUAUUGGGGCUGAAGAUAUAACUCCUGUACUUGAUAGCCCAAGAUCCCAUGGAGAUACUUGUAUUUGGUGCUAGGAAAAACUCCCAAGAACAUGUGUUUCCCAUGUAUUUUUUUCUCUCGAUUGUCAAGAAUCUCAGAACUGAAUCUUUUACAGCACUGGUACACAUACACACUUUAAGCUAUUUACUGAACAUUAACUAUUUCUUGCUAUGAAAAUGUCUUAAAUGUAUUACCUGUUUUUAAAAAGCAAACUUUACUGAUAAAGAAACUGAGAAGUUAACAUGACUUGUCUGAUACUAAGCCAGUAAGAGCUCACCACCUCUUUCAUAACGUUUACCAUAUAUUUGUAUUUUAAUGUUUUCCUUUGUAUAAGCUAAUCUUUUGGAAAAUGUGGAAAAUCAAAGCAUGCAUAAACAUGGAUAAAUUGUAGUGGUUUACUUUACUAUCUCUUACCUGACCUAGGACGCUUUUCAGAGUGACUAUCCUAUCUUAGUGAAGGCCAAAUGACUUGAAAAGCCUCUGCCAUUUCUAAAAGCUGAUGCUAAAUGUGCUUAUUUUCCUGCCCUCUUAAUGUGAAAGGUUAACUGUGUUCCUGAGACAAGUCUGCUAUGGACCUGGUAAUACCAAGGAUGAGGUCCAGUAACCUAAGGCCAAUGAGUACAGUGAAGGUCCACUGAAACCUCAGAAAUGGUAUUUGUAUCUUCACUACAGCAUACAAAAUUUAAGACUAUAGAAAUGCUCAACUGGUAAAUUUUACCUGGAUACAUAUUUUGACCCCCAAAUUUAAAUCCAUUGCCAUUAUUUAAAAUUCAGCUUUCACAUUUUUUAAAAUCUAGAUUUUUGGCUCCACUUGAAAAUUUGAAGAUUGAGAAUCAAACCCACAAAUACUGUACAUCUCUAUCCAACAGGACUGUGUCUCCCUUUUGUCCCAUUUAUAUGCGUACAAGUACUGUACUGUAUACAGAGAACUGUUUCUGAUACCAGGUUACAACAGUAAGCAAAAAUAAAAAUUUCACUGCACUGGAA